AUGUUUUGGGGUGAUAUUAAAGAAAAAACGAUGAUCGAAGCAGCACAAUUAUGUUGUUGGACUUGGUGUUUUGGAAUAAAAGUAUUAAGCAUAUAUGAGGCAGAAGAUAUAAAUCUUAAUCCAGGUAAUCUGAAGCAGAAUGCAAAUUCAUUGCAAUCUCACAUAAAUAACAUUUCACGACAAUUUUUUAUUCACGAAAAAAUCGUACCAAAAAUACGUGUCACGGCACUUGACACAUCAAUAAAUUAUGCGCAUUUUGAGAACAAAGAUUUAAAUAAAUCAGGUAAAUUUAAGAGUGAUGAUUUGGAUAUUGCUGAGUUAGAUCGACGAUUAAUACCAAAAUUUUCCGAACCUCAAUUGAUUAUUUUCUUUUCACCGAAUAUUGAUAUUGAUGGAUUUCCACCUUGGCACAUUCAUCUUACUGAGCUAUUUCAUGUUCCAGAAAAUUAUAAUUUUGAUUAUUCGAUAUUUUUACAAGGAUUACGUAAAUAUUCAAAAUGUGAUCAGAGAUUUGGACGAUAA